AUGAAGGAAUGUUUUAAAUUGUUUCCUAAUAAAGAAGCGUUUAUUAUUUUUGCUUUAUACAUCAUACUCUUCGUAUUCCAAGGUGUGUUUGUAACAGCAUCAAAGUCAAAUUAUGGGGGCUAUGAUUAUAAUACCACACUUGUGGUACUCCUGUCAGAAGUACUUAAGCUUGUUGCAUCUUCAAUACUCUACUCUUGGAGAAGAGAAAAUAAACCUCGUUUAAUAAAGGCAGUAUAUGUGAAUUACAAACUACUAUUGAUGUACUUUAUACCAUCGUUACUGUACUGCUUCUAUAACAACUUGGCAUUUAUAAACUUAUCGCAUUAUGACCCGACAUCGUAUUACAUCUUACUGCAAUUCAGAGUCGUAUUAACUGCUCUUCUUUUUCAAUUCCUGUUUAAAAGGAAAUUGACAUUUAUCCAGUGGAUUUCCCUGGGAAUAUUAACAAUUGGAUGUAUGGUGAAGAACUUCGAUGUCGCCUCCAUCCAGUCAAACGGCGACACAACUCUAUGUAAAUUAAAUUGUAUUCAACCAACAAGAGAAGCCAUAAAAACUAAACGACUUGGGGAGCCAUAG